AUGCGCGUGCAUAGUGCGGCGCCCAGCAUCCGGGCAUACGCCCCCGCCAGCGGCGCCGUCGACCUCCUGGCAGGCUCCGGCGCGGAGCCCAGCCCCGAGAUCGUCGUCAACAAUGCGGCGCCCGCGAGCGUGGGCAUCAGCGGCAUGGCAUCGCUCGCGUGGCGCAACGGCACGCUCUGGGUCGGCACCAACAGCCUGCUGCACGCCAUCGACCUGGCCGCCAACAUGCUGACCACAGUCAGCGGCGACGGCACCGCCGGCUUUGGAGGGCCCGAGAUCAGCACCCCUGUCCAGCACAGCGGCAUCUAUGGAUUGACCCUGGCGCAAGCAGACGGCGCCGUCUACCUGGCCGAAACGUGA